AGCAAUUGGUCCAACACGGCAUGCAUUAAAAGACUUGACUUAUUCAUACGCCCUCAUAUUACACACAGUAUAUUUUUAUUUUUUAAAUUGAAUCUUCCUUGGGCUUUAUAGCUUUUUUUUUUUACAUGGGAAUUUGCAGUACAUUAUAUUUAAUCAACCUGUUAUAAUUCAUAUAAAUAAAUUAUUUUAAGGUCAUAAUCGGUAAUUAUAUUUGCUAUAGUUAUAUAAUUUAUCAAGCAAGCAUUUGAUCUCUAUCCUCUGAAGAAAAAUACUGGGUUUUCUUUCUCUAAACAAUGAAAGGAGAUAUUAGAAUAGAGGAAGGAAGAGCUACAGAUGAUGAGAAGAGCCCAAUUAUGGAGGAUUCGACGAAACAAGAUUAUUCAUCAUCAUUGUCAGCCAUGAAUAAGUUUGAUUUUGCAAGGACUCGAGAUAUUAUGGUGUUAAUAUUAACGCUUGGAGUUGUUAUCAUCGUCUUCUACUAUUCUUCAUGCACCAACUUUGGCUUGGGUCUCAAACAUAAACAGGUCAAAGAAAAUAAUAAUGAGCUAAAGAAGGUUCUAGAAGCAGCUGCAACGAAGGAAAAAACAGUAAUAAUAACAACAUUGAACGAUGCAUGGGCAGAACCAAACUCAGUAUUUGAUCUGUUUUUAGAGAGUAUGAGAAAUGGAAAUAAUACGGCUGAACUUGUUAAUCAUUUAAUGGUUGUGGCUGUUGAUCAGAAGGCGUAUAUUAGAUGCCAGAAGUUAGUGAGGCAUUGUUAUUUUUUCAAGACUAAGAAAUCAUCAAAAAUGGCUGAUGAAGCAAGGUUUAUGAGCCCUAUUUAUAUGGAAAUGAUGUGGGAAAGACUUGCCUUCUUGCAAACUAUUUUAAGCUUGGGAUACAACUUUGUUUUUACGGACACUGAUGUUAUGUGGUUUCGAAAUCCAUUUCCAAAUUUUAGACAUGAUGCGGACUUUCAAACCUCAUGUGAUCAUUUCAAUGGUAGGGAAUUGGACAUAUCAAAUGCCCCCAACAAUGGAUUUCUUUUCGUAAGGUCUAACAAUCGCACCAUCAAAUUCUACAAAUUUUGGGUAUCAUCUAGACACACAUAUCCUACAUUACAUGAACAAGAUGUGUUCAAUAGAAUUAAAGGAAGUGAUUUUGUAAGGAAACUUGGAGUCAAAUUAAGGUUUAUGGACACCAAUUAUUUUGGUGGGUUUUGUGAAAGAAGUAAAGAUUUCAAUAAGGUUUGCACCAUGCAUGCUAAUUGUUGUGUUGGAUUAGACAACAAAAUAGGAGACCUUAAAAUUAUACUUCAAGAUUGGAAAACUUACUUUUCUUCUUCAAAUCAUACAACACCACAGCCAACUAAAUGGAGGGCACCAAAGUUAUGUCAUAUGUGAUAUAUAACUUAUUUUACUGGUUUUGGAUUAAAUAUCGCUUUUUUUUAGUAAGUUCUGGGUUCAAUCUUUACAUACUCUCUUCAAUCAGCCUACUUUAUAAUUAAAAAAAAAAACAUGUAACUAUAAGAAGUCAUUGUUUGGAAUUUUUUGUUAAUUAUUUUAUGAUAACAUUUUGUAAAUUGUACAUGAUUUUGUUCUUUUUUUUCAAAUUAAAUAUAAUAGCUAGUAUUAUCAUUUUUGGAUCAAA